AUGUCAUCAACAUCAGAAAUACGAGACCAACCCAAAACCUGGACAAAGGGAGAAUACCUAGUCUCAACCGACAUAUCCCUAAUCCCCAUCAACACCCUAAACACCUGGUACGCUGGCGAAGAAUUCUACUGGGCAAAGCCAAUGCCAGAGCCCGCAUUGCGCGAAACAUUACAAAACUCCCUCUGUUUCGGGCUAUACCACAAUCAAAGCCAACCGGACAAAACACCAGAGACCGACUCAUCACCAGACUCACUCGAAUUCGUCGGCUUCGCACGCUGCGUGACAGACUACACGACAUUCCUCUUCUUGACAGACGUCUUCGUCCUUUCCUCGCUCCAGGGUCUCGGUCUGGGAACAUGGCUUGUAACCUGCGUGCAGGAGGUUAUCAAGCCAAUGCCCUAUCUACGGAGAUCGCUGCUGCUUACUGGGGAUUGGAAGCGGUCGGUGCCGUUUUAUGAGAAGGUUAUGGAUAUGGAGCUUAUGAUAUGUAAUCCUCCCGUUGAUGGGAAGGAUGCGGUGGGCUUUGCUGUUAUGCAGCGGAAGUCUUUCGGGGCUCCUGGGUUUGUGGGACAGUCUUAG